GAAGCAUAGUUGGCAGACAGAAUAAGAACGGGAAAGAGUGAACAUCUAGGGACGGGGUUGCAGCCCAUUACCACCCAAAAUACCAUCUAAAACCAUGUCAGAGCCUGAAAAGACCGAAAUUAUAGAAGAAAUCAAAAAUGAAAAGGCUCUUGAAACUGAAAAGAAACUAAUUGCUGCCAAGGUCAGUGGGACUGUCAAAUGGUUUAAUGUCCGCAGUGGGUAUGGCUUCAUCAACCGUAAUGACACCAAAGAAGAUGUUUUUGUUCACCAAUCUGCCAUAGUUAAGAACAACCCCCGCAAGUGUGUCCGAUCUGUGGGUGAUGGCGAAAAUGUUGAAUUUGACGUGGUGGUCGGAGAGAAAGGGAAUGAGGCUGCCAAUGUUACAGGACCUGAAGGAGAGUGCGUCAUUGGCUCUCGUUAUGCUGCUGACAAACCAAGAGGAUACAGAGGUCGAGGAGGCUACAGGAGAGGAGGUCCACGUACCAACGGUAUUGAAAAUGACGGCUACGAGGAGGGCGGCGAGAUGAUGCGUGGCCGCGGUCGCGGUGGUCGUUACAGAGGUCGAGGUCGUCCCCGUUUCUUCCGUGGCUACGCCUCUUACGCGUACGGGGGUUACGGUCGUGGCGGGCGUCAGCUGCAAUACUGCGACAUGCCUGAUGAUGUUAUGAUGAUGCCCAUGCGUGGUCGUGGUGGCUUCAGAGGGCGUGGACGCGGCAGAGGUGGCUUCUAUUACUCGGGACCGGUGUACAUGAGUGACAUGGGCAAGGGCAUGAGAGGCGGCUAUGGGGGUCCCAUGGUUUACAGGGGCAGCAACUACAGAAGGGGCGGACGAGGACGUGGUGCCAGAGGAGCCUUCAAUGAAACCAAGGGAAAACCUAAGAAGGCGGAAGGUUCAUCUGAUGAGGGUCAGCAGGCUGGUGCCGGGGAGAGCGCUGCUCCUGCCGUCAAAAGCGUCCCUGCCAUCACGGCUAUCGAAAACACCACCGCUGAGAGCGUCGCUUGAAAUUUGUUUCACUUAAGACGGCGUACAUUAGUUCUCCUUUCACAUCCCCUGCAAGUUUUGAUCACCAUCUCGUUAUUGAAUCGCUGACACAACUGCCGAGUUUCUGGUGGGUGCAUUACUAUUAAUGAUUAGUUUUUUCCUGAGCUUACAUUUCUCCUCUCCCAUGUCACGAUAAUUGAGUGAUAUGCUUUGUUAAUGAUACUCGUCAUCAUGUCCUCCAUAAUUCUCCAGAUAAGUGCAGUAUGAUAACAAUUUUCGACUUGACCUAUGCGUCUGAAUGGCAGGACAUACCCUUACACCGGUUCUAUUUAUACAGCAGUAGGCUUCUUCCUUAGGUCAUCACGCCUAUUUACCCUCCUGAUUUUGCAGCGCUAGUCUAUUGAGUGUGUUUUUUUCCAUCGCAGUUGUUUUUAGAAAGAUGCCGAUGUCAGUUAAUCCUGUUUUUCCAAGAUCUAAGCUUGUACAACAACACGAUCAAGCUGCAUCACGUCUACUAAAAAUUAGGAUAUAAUCAAGGUUAAAUAAACCCUCUUUGUACUGUAAUCGGUGGUGUGUAGCUUAUGAAGGAAGGUCAGCAGUAAUGCUUUUAGUCGUGUGUUAACAUCAGGGCGAACACUUCCCGACCUCCCGAUUGUAGCUGCUGGUGUAGAGGCCGCAAGAGAUCAGUGCACACUGACCGCUUACCGGCCAAACGCGUCUAAAAAAAAAAGAUGGAAUGGGUGGUAGCUCUCACUUCGGCCUCCCUUAGCAGUGCUGAAAGUUGUACUCGUUGUUGAGGUUCAUUUGCAGUCGUAUGAAUUGUAUCGAUGAUUGAAUCAGAUUCUUCAAUUUCAUCUCGGCUCAAGAAUGAGAGCGGAUUGUACCAGCGGACGAGGAAGUUAUUUAACCCAAGCUGUUCCUGGCUACUCGAUAGAUGAUUCGCUCUGGUUUCUUUGAACCACGUCUGCAGUGUUAGGAUAUUUUUGAAACUGUUGAUCAUGUUUUAAAACAUAGUUGACGAAAUAACCGUUAUCAAGUGAGAGCUGCCGUCUUUUUCCACCAAAAAAAAUUGUAAAACUCUAACGGCGAGAAUGCACAUGUUCCGCAUAGAUGUUCCUCUCGGCGUAAAGCAGACAUUCUGAUCACUAGCAUUUGCUGAUGAAAUUAAGGUGAAGUUUUCUAUUAUUUAAUAACGUUAAUUGUUAAUUGAGUUUGGUAGGGUAACCCUGUACCUGAGAAAAUCUGCUUUCUAAUUUUGAACUACGUAUGUUCUUCUAAAGGCGCAUCUCACUGCCGUGAGCGCUUAUGUUCCUUAAGCUUGCUUAAGGCAGACUCGGGGUGGGAAAUCUUCACGGCCAAUUGCGUCAUAACUAUGUUGUUAAUUCGUUCUCUCCCUUUUCUACUCGUUAGUAGGAAUAUUUGUACCGCGAAACAUGUGCAUUUGCAAUAAACUACAAAAUAUCA